CGCAUAUCUAUUACGUUUUGAAAUAUUUGACAAAUCAUUGAUUCUUAAUAACUUUAACAUUUAUACAUUCUCUAUGGCCCCUUGCUGAACUUCAAGAUGGCGGCGUCCUUGUGAAAGCCGUGUGGAGAUAUACAGUACAGCACACAAGACGACACAAGUGAUGAUGGCGGCUGUGAGGGAGGCGGGCAGAUCAGUAGCAUGUCUUUCCUCAAUGCUGUCAUCGCUGUUGAGGAUCUCUCCUCCUGGAGCUGGUAUGAGGAAUAUCACCACCAGCACCAACUUAAGUGGCAAGAUGAAGUUUGUCAAUCAAGGCAUUGACCUCAAUAAGUACACUUUGAAACCAUUGCCAUUAACCAAGUCAGGAGGUCGUGAUUCAAGUGGAAGAAUCACUAAUCGCCGCGUUGGUGGAGGUGCCAAGCAGAGAUACAGAAUGGUUGACUUCAAGCGCGUUGGCCCGAAAGAUGGACCCCCGCUCGAGGAACAAGUAGUGGAGGUGCUCUAUGAUCCCUGUCGUUCAUCAGACAUCGCUGUUGUGGCGGGCGGCACCAACAAGCGCUACAUCCUUGCCUCCCAGAACAUGCAGCCGGGGGACAUCAUCAAAACAUCAGGCAAAUUAACCAAAAUUGCAGUGAGAGGCCAAGAGGGUGAUGCCCAUCCAGUAGGAGCUCUUCCCAUAGGAACCCUGGUCCAUAACUUGGAGACAUUCCCGGGAGAGGGAGGAAUAUUUGCACGAGCAGCAGGCACCAGCGCUCAAGUUGUCCGCAAACUUGGCGAUCAGUGUGUGUUGCGACUGCCUUCCAAGCGGGAAAUAGCCGUAGCUGCAGACUGUAUGGCUACGAUUGGCCGGGUGUCCAAUGUGGAUCACGACAAGGAGAUCAUUGGUUCAGCAGGACGAGCCAGAUGGUUCGGGGUUCGACCGAAGAGUGGAUUGUGGCACCGGAAAACUGGUUAUAACGGUCGCAAGAUCAAACCACCUAAGGCACUUAAAGUCUACAACAAGCCUCCUAAAGAACGUUCUUCAGUGUACACUUAUACUGUGUAGUGACGUGAGAUCUCGUGAGAUGGUAGGGUGUUUGUGUGAGAUGUGAGAUCAAUGUUAAUUGAAAAGAUGUUAUUAAAUAUAUAUGUCAGA